AUGGACAAGACAGUCAAGCUGUGGGAUGCUGUCACAGGCUCCCAUCUUACCACUCUAGAAGGACAUGAGGACACAGUCCAAUGUGUGGCAUUCUCAUCCGAUAGUAAAUAUAUUGCUUCGGGCUCCCGUGACAAGACCAUCAUUAUUUGGGAUGCCACUAUCGGCCAACAUCUCCACACUCUGACAGGUCGCACUGAUUGGGUCACGGCUGUAAACUUCUCCCUGGACGGAGAUGUCACAGUUCUCGCCUCCGGCUCGGAAGACCACUCAAUACGAAUCUGGGACCUCAACAACGACAUCGGCUCGUCCAGGACCCUAUCUCCCGCACACACAUCUGGUGUCAAAAGUGUCAGGUUCUCCCAAUCUGGAUCACUGCUGGUUUCGUGCGGCCAGGAUGGUGCAUGCAAGGUCUGGAGAUCAGGCGCUUGGACGUGUAUUGCACAAUUCACCCAUCCUGAACAUACCGCUAUACUUUCCGUCGCCAUCUCGCCCGACGAAGCCAUCUUUGCUUCGGGACAAGGACACAUACCCAACGAUAUUCUUUUACAUUCCACUGCUGACGGCCGCUGCUUUCGCACACUCCAAGGCCACACAUCAAGGGUGUGGUCUCUCGACUUCUCUCCUGAUUGCGCCACACUUGCAUCCGGCUCUGCGGACCGUACCAUCACCCUGUGGGAUGUGGCGAGUGGUUCCACCCUCCGCACUUUGAAAGGGCACUCCGACGAGGUGUACAGCCUCAGAUACUCCCCCGAUGGCCAGCGGAUAGCCAGCUGUGGCGCUGACCAUAGCAUCCGAAUCUGGGAC